GAGUUCCACCAAUGGCUAUCCAGCAAGGCGCGAGCCUCGCAGCAUCGCAAGAGCCGGCGCGACACGGGCAGCGAUACCCCCGGCAGCGACAAUUCCGGCAAGGACAGCCGCUACAGUGACAGUCCAAGCAGCAUCAGCAGCAGGAGCAGCCGAACAAGCCGCAGUAGCACCAGCACGAUGACCACCAGCACCAGCAGUGGCGGCUCUGGAAGCUCCGCGGUCCUUUCUGCAGUCACUGGUGAGGCGGAAAUCGAACCUCAGGCGAUCGACGGGGACAACGUGGGCGAGAGUGGCGACAUCCAUGCGACGACGGAAGACGAGGACGUCGUGGCGACGGAGCAGCAGCAGGAGGAGAUGGCUCGCCGCCUGGAGCAGCGGCUCAUGUCGGCCGAGAAGAAACGUUUGGAGCGCGAGGGCAGCAAGAGAGAGCAGCAGGUCAAGUCGGCGCAGCUGCGCCGACAGGUGCGCGCAGCGGCGCAGCAACGCCUCGAGGCUUGGGUGGCGGGCGUGGCGCAGCAGCGCGAGGAGCGCGCGGAGAAGGCGCAGAGCAACCGCGCGGCCAUCCUCACGGCGGGGCAGCAGAAGCGCGCUCAGCACUUGGCGCGCGUCUCCACGCGCACUGCGCAACGUGCUCGUCAGGCGCAAAUCGAGCAGGAGCGCGCAGCGCAGCUCCUCAAGACGCUCUCGGACCGCAUCGCCGCCGCGUCUUCGAAGCGCGACGCGCGCCUGUUAGCGGAGCGGCAGCGCGCUGCGGCGCAGUGGGAGCAGGCGCGGCAGGUGGCGGCAGCCGUUGUGGAACAGCGGCAGCGCGAGAACCGCGAGCGGCGGGAGCGGCUGGAGCGCAAGGUGGCGAAGGCGCGGGGAAGGCGCGCGGAGAUGCUGCGGCGGAAGGGCGGCGGGCGCAGGAGCGCGCUGUACACUCAGACGCUAUGCCGCCGCGUGCAGUGGCAGCUGCUCUCGCGCCGCCUCCUGCGCUGCUGGCGCCAGUUCAAGGGUGCCAAUAAGACCACGCUCGAGCUCGCGCGCGCCUUCUGCGCCUGCCAAGUCAGCCGCGCGCGCCUCUCCCGCCUGCCUUUCCCGCGCGUGGCCGCGCGCAUCCAGUCCCCCGCAUCCCUCUCCGCCACCGACGCGCUCCUGCAGCGCCUGCACGCGCGCCUGCUCGUGUCCUCCGCCGUCGCUUCCGCCUCCGCCGCCGCGUCCCCCGCGCCCUCCCCCGCCAGCACCCCCUCGUCCUCCCCCGCCGCGUCCCCGCAGAAGCAGCCGAGCUCAGCCAGCCAAACCGCGGGCGCAGCGGGCGUGCGCGAUAUCGACCACCUUUUAGCCCAGGUCGCACCUCCCCCAAGCAAACCCAAGCCCUCAUCAUCAGCAGCAGCAGGGGCUAGCAGCGCAGUCGCAUCUACCACUGGCGGACUGGCCGCGGGUGGCGGAGAGGGCGCGCGGAAGGGGCGGUAUCCGCCGCGCGUGUUCCUGUGCGCGUACAUGAUCGUGCUGCACCCCGACGCCGUGCUCUCGUGCCUCACAGGCGAGCGCGAGGCCGCCCUGCGCGUCGCUGCUGCUGCCCUCGUGAGCGCGUUUGAAGGGCUCGUGAGAUUCCUGCUGAGACGACCCACCCCUGCUGCUGCUGGCCCCGCUGCCAGCUCUGUUGCGUCUACCGUGUCUGCCACUCCAGCCGCCCUGGAUGCAAGUCCCUCCGCCGCAGUUCCGGCUGUGUCUGGCGGGGCUCCUGCUGUUGCCGCCGCUGCUGCUGGCACUGCUUCUGCUGCUGGUGAUGGAAAGGCGGCAGCAGCGAAGCCGUUUUCGCAGCAUCUGGCGGAGUUUGAUGCGGCAUGGGUGGAUUACCUCGAGAGAUUCGUUGCCUGGAAGGCGCGUGACAAGGAGCGCAUGGAGGCGGACAUGGUGGCCAUGGCGUGCCAGAUGCACGCCAGCAUGCUGCGCCGCACUGCACACCUCCCUGACGAGCGCAUUUCCGAGGACCUGCAAGCCAUCCGCGAGCAGGUGGCGAAGGACAUUCCCAUGCUGCGCAGCAAGCUGAGGGGGCUGGCCGGAGAAGCAGGAGCGAGGAUGAAGGCGGCCAUGCACCGGGCCUUCUGGGACGCCACUCUCGCCUCGCUGCUCGCCUUGCCGCCCGACACGGCAGCAGCAGCGCGCCUGGUGGGCGAGCUGCGGGAGGAGCUGCUGGGCAUUGCCCCCCGCGGCUGGCACGAUGAGGUCACAGCCAACCUUGCUCUGGAUGAGGCGGACCUUGAGAAGAUGCUCACACAGGGAACGCCUGACGCUUUUCACAGUCUGCAGGCGCUGCUCGCCUAUGCCACGGACCUCACUCUGCGCCUGGGCGCUCCCUUCCGGGAUGAUGCCACGCGUGCCGCUUUGGCACAGCUCAACCACGAGCUGGGCACGCUCGUGGCGACAGGCGGCGCGCGCUCAUUGGCGGAAGCGGUGGUGAAAGGGCUCAAGUUUGCGUUUGAGCGGCUGGAGGAGCUCAAGGCGGACAUAGCAGCAGCACGAGCGCGUCUCACGCCCCUCGCCACCACCGCCGCCACUCUCCAAGCUGCCCUCGCAAAACGUUUUGACCUGCCCGCCUACCCCACCCCUGCUGCCCUCACUGCCUCGUCCUCUCCUGCUCUCUGCCUGUCAACCAUUAAGGAGAAACUUUCACGCACUUUUUCCUGGGUUGCCAGCUCCCUCAACCAAUCCAUCCCCUCUGCACGAACUGAGCUCCAACCAUACCUCGCCACGUCAGCAUCCACUUCCUCCAGCUCAGCAGCAUCAUCAGUAGCUGCCACCCUCCCGUCUGCAUCCGCCCUCCGCACCGGCCAGCGUGCGUUGUCUUCUUCUGGGGCAAGCAUGAAUGGCAGUGGGAAUGGCCGCAUCGACUGGGCGGCAGCAGCGUGUGUGGUGCGGGUGGGGCUGGUGGAGGUGGUGACGUCAGCGGAGGGGGCGGAGGGCGGCACAGUGGCGGAGGCGCUGUGGCUGGACGUGGGCAAGCUGAGGCACGCCCAGAACGAGUUCCAGUGUGUCGUGGUCGUGGCCAUCGGUCUCCUACUGCUGCGUCAGCUACUGGCAGCACGAGCCAUCCUGCCGUCGCCAGCAGUGGAGGCAGUGGUAGCCGCCACGCGCACCACCCUUGCCCGCCUCGUCUCCUCCCCUGACGCCUCCCGCCCUGCGCUCGCCUCAGCCCUUGCCGACGCCGUCAUCGCUGCAGCCAACACCAAGACAGCCCCAGCAGCAGGGGCGCCUGCUGAUGGUGCCGCUAUUGCCUCUGCUGCCUCGGACAGGGCAGGCAUCGAGUCGCUAGCGUCAAGCCUGCUGCUGCGUGCACUCGCCCCCUCUGACGCCAUCUUCCUCCACGUCCGCGCUUCUGUUGCCGCCGCCCUGCGUGCCCUGCUGCUGCUGCGCCCUGUGAGCCAGUCGCAGGCACUGCUGGCUGCCCAGGCUGCACUCAGGAAGGCUGCGGCUGGGGACCUGCUGAGUGGGAGCGAGGUGGGGGAGGGGAGGGGUGAUGGAGGAGAGGGCGUGGGAGUGACCAAGGUGGUGAGGCUGGUGGAGGAGAUGGCUGAUGUGGUGCUGGCAGUGCAUGAGCCUCUGCCGUCCGAUAUAGAAUCCGGUCCGCCUACCAUCGUUCUCCCCGCGAAUGCAGCAUUGCGGCCGCCUCCCCUUCCGCCGCGCUCCGCCACUGUCGGAGGUCGUCCGCCGCUUCCCCCCGCCUCCUCCGAUUCCGCCGGGUUAGAUGGGCCCUCCGCCGCCCCUUCCGCAGCCUACACUCCGCGCCACUCCGCCUCUUACUCGCCACCCACGUCCGGCGGAACCGGCUACUCCGCGCGCCCCGCGCCGUCCCCGCGCGCGAUUCUUCUGCAGCGGUCGCGGUCGGGCGUGCUGAUUGGCGCGCGGUCGUUUGGCGGAACGCAGCUGCCGUGGGAGCCGCCCAAGCGCAAGCCGCCGCAGCACACGGCGGAGGUGGGCGCGAGCGACGCCGUGGCGCAGAGCCUGGACUACGAGCUGGAGGAAUCAGAGGAGGCGCGGGCGGCGGACAGGCUGGGCCUGGGCGAGGCGAUCGAGUACACAGCGGCCAAGUGGGUGCUGGUGCUGCUCAUCGGCUGCAUGACGGGCGGUGCUGCCUUCCUCAUCAACAUGGUGGUGGAGAACGCCAUGGGCGUCAAGCUCGCCCUCACCAUCGAGCUGCUUAAUGGGGGCAGCCCAUUUCUGGCAGUGCUGGUGUACUCGUUAAUGAGUGCUCUGCUAGUGGCAGCAUCAGCGGCGUUGUGUGUGUUUGUGGCGCCAGCAGCAGCGGGGUCGGGGAUUCCCGAGGUGCGGGCAUACCUCAAUGGUGUUGACAUGCCGCACGUGCUCUCGCCACUCACUCUGCUCGUUAAGUGGGUAGCAGCAUCAGCAUCGCUGUGUGUGUUGGAGGAGCGGGCAUACCUCAACGGCGUUGACAUGCCGCACUUGCUCUCGCCACUCACUCAGCUCGUUAAGGUCGGUCGCGAGUCAAUGGCUGGUCACAGCGAGUCAAUGGCUGGUCACAGCGAGUCAAUUGCGGUCAGUGUGUGUGCACUUGGUUUCUCACUUGGUUCUACCAAGUGUGCUGGUCUCCCACCCACUCACCCCUUCCUCCCACCCUCUCACCCCUUCCUCCCACCCUCUCACCCCUUCCUCCCACCCACUCACCCCUUCCUCCCACCCUCUCACCCCUUCCUCCCACCCUCUCACCCCUUCCUCCCACCCACUCACCCCUUCCUCCCACCCUCUCACCCCUUCCUCCCACCCACUCACCCCUUCCUCCCACCCACUCACCCCUUCCUCCCACCCACUCACCCCUUCCUCCCACCCACUCACCCCUUCCUCCCACCCUCUCACCCCUUCCUCCCACCCACUCACCCCUUCCUCCCACCCUCUCACCCCUUCCUCCCACCCACUCACCCCUUCCUCCCACCCACUCACCCCUUCCUCCCACCCACUCACCCCUUCCUCCCACCCUCUCACCCCUUCCUCCCGCAGAUACCUGGCAGCAUGGGAGCAGAAGGAGUCAGGCUAGCUCUGAGCAGGGAGGGCCCUUUGGUUCACAUCGGGGUGACUUUGAGCGGCACUCAGAGGCAAACAGCGACCGCCCUUGGCAAUGGCAUCUCUAACCCCUCACCCUUUCAGAUAGUCGGCAGCAUGGUCGCCGAGGCCUGCGGCCUAGCCCUGGGCACGGAGGGGGCUCUGGUGCACAUGGAGCUCACGUCCUGGUGGAAGAAGAAGGUGGUGUGGAAGGCGCUGUUCACGAAUGCAGUGGGCGCCAUUGCACUGAGAGCGCUCAUGGCGGCGUGCCAGGGGGGGCGGUGCGGGCUGUACAGCGAUGGCGGCUUCAUUCUCUUCGAUGCCCAG